GUUAUCCCACAUUUACUAUGAGUGAGUUAAUUAGUAUCAUUAUUUUGAUAACAAUUUGUACGGAUAUCAUUUAAUAUUCAUAACCAAAUAUGGAAUUGUAUUUAUUUCAAAUCCAUAUCGGAAUUAUUAUAUUAUUAAUUCCAGUAACUAAACGACCCAAGUGAAUAACCUAAUGGUUGAGUUACCAAAUGUGACUCUUUUUAAAUAAAAAAAAUAUUGUCAAACUAAAAAUUGGAUGAUCUCAGCAGCUUAUUGGCCUUUCGUUCUCAAACACGGGCACCCAAAUGGAGCGAAAGGACACAGUUCAUUUUCCUGUCCCCUUCUCGCACACUCAAAAACCUUGGGUCCAAUCUGUUUAUCGUUGCAACUCAAUUGGGAUUGUACCGUACAUUCUCUUCCCUUUACUUGAGCUCAACUGUGGUAGCUGUUUCCAAGAUCAUUCUCUGUUGUUCUUCUGCUUCUUGACUUUCCCAUUCAUUCUUGAAGCUGGACUGCAAUCUAAGGUUCCAUAUGAAAGAAUCUGGCAAGAUCUAAACUUAUCUCCAUGGGUUAAUGAGGAGCGAGGACAUAAUUACUCCCCAAUGCAGCAGCGUGAAGGGUCGGCAAGUUUACAGAAUUCACAGGCCGAGUGAUAAAUUGCAAUUUUCCAUGUUUUAGUAUAACUAUUUCUUUUAUGUAUCAUAAUCGUACUAACUCUUAUAUCUUUCAUAGUGGGUUACCAGCCAGAUAUGAAUUUUACAAGUUAUGAACCAACCAAUAGUUGGAAUAUACCUAAUUUUGGAGGGGUGGAUCAUGCUGGUCCAUCCUCGAGUCAUCAACAACUCGAUAAUGUGUAUCAUGGGCUAUCUACAAAUUAUGAUGGUAUGUUUUAAGAGUUAAAGUUAAUAUAGUAUGUUGAGGUGGCUUCGAAAUAUUAAUUAUUUUAUUGGUUGUGCAGUGAAAAUGAGCAAUAUGACGGUCUUGUCCUAACUUAGUUGGGUGAUGACUAUAUAUUGAAUCAGGAUAUGGCAGAUGCACAGAGUGAGGAAGAUAACAAUAAUUAUGGCGACGACACUGAUGAGUCCAAAGAUGUCACACCCUUCCCUGAUGAGAGCGACGGUGAGGAACCACACUUUACAGAUGAGAGUGAGAAUGAGCAAUCAGAUUUGACGAUGGAGCAUGAUGCCAUAACUCAACAUGCUCCGUAUACGUAGACUCCACCUACUGUUAGAUCAACGAUGUACGAGUUGUGUGUGCCCUUUCAUUCAAGGAAAAUUCCCUACCUUGAUCACUUGCCAAGUAUGCCGAUGUUGAUGCUUUCACAAGGGGUCUUGAUGACAUUCGUACAACAAUGUGGAAUAAAAGUAGACAAAUAGAGCUUUGUAAGAAUAUAAUUUUCGGUGAUAAGGCUCGCCUCAGCAGGGCGGUGCGAAUUUACAGCAUAAAAAACUGCCGUGAGAUUGAGGUUGCUGAGUCAUCUAAGAAAAAAUAUAAGGUGGUUUGUCGUAGAUGGGAUCAAAGUUGUAAGUGGAUGCUGCGUGGGAGAAAGUUGAAAACUAAUAUGUGGAUGGUGGGGAAAUACAUUGGCAAGCAUACUUGUAAUAUGAACACAUUCAAUGGGAAUCAUUUUAAUUUGAACGUUGAUUUGAUUUCCUUUAUCUUGAUUCCACACAUUUAAUCGUCCAUAAGGUACGAGGUGAAAUAGUGUAUAACAUCAGUUGCACAUGUAUAUGGGUGUACCAUUACCAAAAGAAUGGCAUUUCUCGGGUGUAAGUGUGCGUUUGAGAUUGUUUAUGGAAACUGUGAUAAGUCAUUUACGGCUCUACCUUGGUGCAUGGCUGCUUUGCAACACAUGAACCCCGGGACAUUUGUUGAGUGGAAGCACGACCGGAGUCCUGACUUUCUACAAAACUUAUUCAGAUAUGUGUUCUGGGCAUUUAAACCAUCCAUUGAUGGUUUUGUUCAUUGCCGCCCGUUCAUCUCCAUAGACGGCAUACAUAUGUGCGGAAAGUAUGAUAUGAAGAUGUUGAUUGCCGUUGGAGUAGAUGCUAAUGGCCAAAUAUUUCUCAUUGCCUUUGCUAUUUGUGCCAAUGAAAGUCAAGAGACUUGGACAUGGUUUAUAAACCACUUGGAGGAGCAUGUUGUGAAACAACGUUCAGGUGUUUGUCUAAUAUCUGAUCGGUACGGUGGGAUUUUAAGUUCUGUACGUGCUUUGGAUGAAUGGAAGGAGCUAUACGGCUACUACCGUUACUGUGUUAGGCACUUGAAGGCCAACUUCCAGCGGGCUUAUCCGAACAAGAGCUUGCAUGAUCUAAUGUGGAUCGCUACAACAGAUCAUCAAGAGAGGAAAUUCUUGAUGCAAAUGGAAUUCAUUAGUCAGGAAGACGAAGAAGCUUAUCUUUGGUUGAGGAAUCUUGAGAUUGAGAAGCGGACUCUGCAUAAGGAUGAUGGCAGAAGAUAGAGAAUUUUGAUACUAAUGUCUCAGACUCUUUCAAUUGGUUGUUGAAGUCAGACCGUGGAUUGCCAGCCACUGCCAUUGUGCGGAUGCCAUUCAAGCAGCCGGCGGAGAGGUUCGUUGAUAGAUUCCGCAGUGCAUCCUCCUUGUUGGAAAUGGGUGUUCAAAUUAUGCCAAAACCGAUGCAACAGUUUGAGCGUUAUAGGAAGCGGUGACAGUGGCAUACAUAUUUGCAAUAUUGCAGUGACCGAAAUAUUUUUGAAGUUCGCAUUGGUUUGCAUCGAGGCCGCGGUAAUAAUACCCACACCAUCAAUGAGAGCACGCGAUUAUGUUCAUGUGGUAAAUAGUCGAUUUAUCACUUGCCAUGCUCUCAUGCCUUGAAGUGCUUUCUACAUACUGGGUUUGUAGCGAUGAGGUAUGUUGAUAGAGAAUAUAGUGUGGCUGCAUACGCAAACACCUAUAGCGGACACUUCCACCCAUUGGGUUCUGAGUCUUAUUGGUCGCGGGAUCCAUUUGUAAUGUUUUGUAACAAGGCGUUUUUGCGUUGCAGGGUAGUGCAAAACAGAACCCGGCGGUUACAGAACCAAAUGGAUGUUGGGGAUACCGUAUAUGCGCUUAAAUGUGGUCUCUGUUCCCAAAUAGGACACGAUCACUGUAAAUGUCCUACAAUCGGUUUGGGACGCGGUGGCAAUUCAGCUUCUUGUGGCAGUUCAUCCAACAUUGACAAUUAUCAGGCAUAUUAUUUAUUUUUUUAGUAGUAUAUUUAGUAGGAAUAAGUGUCUGUAAUGGUAUGUUUGCAAUAUCAAUAAAAUAAAGUUGUCCAAUAGUGUUAACUCUGAUUGACACUUAGCAUUUAAAAUUCAAUAUGAAUGUCUCGGGGUUAAAGUGUUGCAAAGCAGUCAUGUACCUUGGCCGAGCCGCAAAUGACUUAUCCUAGUUGCCAUAAACAAUCUCAAACGCACGUUUACGCCCGAGAAAUGCCUUUCUUUUGGUAAUGGUACACCCAUAUACUUGCGCAACUAAUGUUAACACUCAUUCACCUUGUACCUUAUGGACGAUUCAACGUGUGGAAUCAUGACAAGGGAAAUCAAAUCAACGUUCAAGUUAAAAUGAUUCUCAUUGAAUGUGUCCAUAUUACAAGUAUGCUUGCUAAUGUAUUUCCCCACCAUCCGCAUAUUAGUUUUCAACUUUUUCCCAUGCAGCAUCCACUUGUAACCUUGGUCCCAUCUACGACAAACCGCCAUAUAUAUUUUCUUAGAUGACUCAGCAAGCUCGAUCUCAUGACAGUUUUUUAUGCUGUAAAUUCACACCGCCUUGCUGAGACCAACCUUGUCACCGAAAACAUAUUCUUAUAGUGCUCUGUUGGUCUACUUUCAUCCCACAUUAUUGUACGAAUGUCAUCAAGAUCGCUUGUGAGAGCAUCCACAUUUGGCAUAUUUGACAAGUGAUCAAGGUAGGGAAUCUCCCUCGAAUGAAAAGGCGUGCGACUCAUACACCGUUUGUCUAACGGUGGUGGAGUCUGCAUAUAUGGAGCAUGCUGAGUUGUGACAUCAUGCUCCAUCGUCAAAUCUGGUUACUCAUUCUCACUCUCAUAUGUGAAGUGUGGUUCCUCAUCGUCGCUCUCAUUAGGGAAGGGUGUGUCAUCUCCGGACUCAUUAGCGUUGUUGUGAUAAUCACUGUCAUCUUACUCACUCUGUGCAUAUGCCAUAUCCUAAUUCAAUAUAUCGUUAUCGCCCAACUGGCAACUGAGUUAGGACAAGUCCGUCAUGUUGCUUAUUUUCACUGCAAAACCAAUAAAGUAAUUAAUAUUUCGGAGCCAUCUCAACAUAAUAUAUUAACUUUAACUCUUAAAUGUACCAUUCAUAAUUUGUAGAUAGCCCAUGAUGCACAUUAUCGAGUUGCUGAUGACUCGAGGAUGGACCAGCAUGAUCCACCCUUCCAAAAUUAGGUAUAUUCUAACUAUGAGUUGGUUCAUAACUUGUAAAAUUCAUAUCUGGCUAGUAUCCCCUAUGAAAGAUAUACGAGUUAGUACGAUUAUGAUACAUAAAAGAAAUAGUUAUACUACAACAAGAAAAAUUGCAAUUUACCGCUCGACCUGUGAAUUCUGUAAACUUGGCGACCCUCCAUGCUGCUGCAUUGGGAGAAAUUAUGUCCUCGCUCAUCAUUAACCCAUGGAGAUAAGUUUAGAUCUGGCCAGACUCUUUCAUACGGAACCUGUUCGGAUAAAACAACUCCGAAAACACCACCAGAUGGUUGAGUUUUAGCCAUAUUUUGCGGAACAUCAAUACUGUUGACGUCUUCAGACUUUACGUACAUUUCCAGCAUUCUUAACACAAGAACAUCUUUGUGUUCAUCUGGAGUCCUUAAAAAAUCUUGCAGAGUUUCAUUGUCAUCGAUGUUAAACUCGGCAUAACAAGAAACACCUAGCAGAGUAAGCGAAUAUGGAUAUCUUCCGGUUACCUUAAGAUUAAUUGAAUGUUUAUUCACACUCAUUCUGUUACAAAUCAGAGGUACCAAUUCGUCGUACUUCAAUGUUAGUGGUACCUUAACAAUACUCUGUGGAGAAUAACUAUAUUGUACUUAGUUAUUCUCCACCACAGUCUCAACGCCCCAAUAUAAUGCAACCCUAUUUUUUAGCUCAUCUGACAUUGUAGCAAGAUUCAAAGAGAAAAUGUAUGUAUAUAUUGAUGAAAAUGAAGUGAUAUAUAAAGGAUGCUGAAGAACAAAGGUAAAUUGGUUCAAAUUCACUCAAGAAUGAACGUUUGGCCUUAAGUAAGCAACUAUCCAGUGCUUAGGGACGGCUAUUGUUCAGUAUAGCGCAUGUAAUAUAUGCGCUGCACACAUAGCGCAUAUAUUACAUGCGUUAUACAGUAAUUAUUAUGGCUAUUCAAAUAUUGAGUAUAACGCAUAUAUUACCUGACACAAUAGGCAAAUGAUGACUUCGCAAUGUCUGCAAAGAAGAAUAAAUAAUGUGAAGUAGCUUGUCAGGUGAGAGACUUUAUCUCUAAAUUUCAUUCCUAUGACAUACACGAUUACAUCAACGGGUAUUCUAAAACCUAUAAAUAUGUCUCUGCCCCUCAUUUGUAGAUCAUCUCAUCAAAAUUUGUUCUUUUCUCUUCAGCAAUAAAACCUAUUCUCUGUAUGGUCAUAGAGUAGGCAAAAAUUGCCGAACCACGUAAAUCUUGUCCUGUCUUGUGGAAUUUAUUGAUUUUCUCUUAUAAUUAUUUUUCUUCUAUUAGCCUGACACGCUUCUCUUUGUAUUAGUCUGAACCAUUCAUGAACAUUACAAUGAAAAUGGCUAAAACAUUUACUAAUAUAUAAUUAAGUAUCGGUAUAGGAGCUACCAAGUUGGAGUUAGGUGGAAUGUAGUGUACUGAUUACAAACAAGAAGCAAUACCAAGGAUAUGCUAAUUAAGUUUGAGUUCUUUGACAUGUGGGUUUCCAUGAAAAAAAAGAAGAGUUGUUAGAACCUUAUGGUCAGUGUUAUCAAAGGCGAAAAGCGCAAAAAAGCUCGUUGGUCCUUUGGGGCUUUAAGUGGCGCAUAUAAAGCGUGAGCUUUAAUGAAGAAAGACUCAAAUGGAGAAAAUUAAAAUAAUGUGUGGGUAGUCCAACACUAAUAAUAAUACACAUGAAUAACAAAUAUAUGGACAAAUAAAUUGAAAAAAAAUUAUGAUAAUGUGAAAUAUCAAUUGUCUAGUAUCGCCUCUUCAGGAUUCACUCAUUGGCAAGGAAAAGUAUGUCUUAGAGCCUUGAUGACAAUACUGAAGCGCACGCUAAGCAAAGUGAAGCAGAGCGCUCAACAUGUUUUGCCUCGCUUAAGCGUUUUAAGCGCGCACUUGACAACACUGCUUAUGCUGAGAGAAGAUGAGUGUGAUACAUAGCAUCAAGUUAAAACUCAUGUUUGUGUAACAAGUGGUUUUGAAAACAAGAGAGAAAAUGGAGGAAUUGACAUAUCUUGACUACAAGUAAGAGGACAGUGUGUUGCAGUACACUAUAAAAGGGCAGCCCGGUGCACUAAGCUCUCGCUAUGCGCGGGGUCCGGGGAAGGGCACUAUGAAUCACCUUGUUUAUCAUUUCUACGUAAUCACAUUGACAAUUUGAUCUUUUUCUUUUACUUCAACACACUUCUUAGUCGCUGAGUGACAACCCACUUCAGAGGAAACUCUGGGAUAAUUUGCUCCAUCAGGAAUCAAAUGUGAGGCAAUUGUCAAGUUCUAGAGCAGUUUCUUUUUGGACUUAAUUAGAGUGUGUCUUAACAUUAUAGUUUUAUUAAUUGUUGUGUCAAGUACUAAAUCUUCUCUAGCUUUGGCUAACCAAAUUCUCGUAUUUGAUCCUUGAUCUAUGCAUUAACUGAAAAAGGAGGAUAUUGAACCUCUUAGUAAGCUAGUUUUAGAGGAUUAGUUCGGUAAGUUUACGUCCUCAUGGUAUAAUAUGGAGCCGCUCCUACUAGUAAAAGUUACAGAGAGAUAUUUAUGUUUAUGGGAUCCACCCACUGAGGAUUUUAGCUUUGCGACCUUAUGUUCGCCAGGAAAUUAGUUUGUGCGACAGAUUCUAAUAUCGGUGUCUUAGAGUUUUAUUUUCGUAUUUGUCCAUUUAUUCUUUUUGUUAUUAUCAUUACUACCGUUGUUGUUUUUGUUGUCAUUGUUGUUAUUUAGAUUCACCUCAUUAAUGCUAAGAUCAAUUAACUGUUUCUCACGCUGUG